AUGCUGGCCAGCAAUCGGAAGGAGAAGCAAAUAUCUGCUGUAAAUCUUCAUCGCCUAGAUGAGAAUGACAUUGCUCCCAGUCCUUCACGUUCAUCAAAACGAGAAUCAUCUGCAAGCCUUGCGGACGACAUUGGAUCAUUAUCGAACUCUGAGCUGGUGGAGCGACUCGUUGAAGCCUACCAGCGGCUUACUGAAACCGAAGAAAAUUUGGUAUUGGCUGCUCAAUAUGGCAACGAUCUACUUACUCAAAACGGGAUUCUGAAGGAGAGACUGAACGCUUCGCUCUCAGCUGCAGACCCAACAAUAACCCAUCGGGUUUUCAAAUCCCAACUGGAUCCUGCAGAUGCUAAACAUAUCGAAGAUAUAGAAAAGUCAAAUGUGGAGUUGAAUAGCAAGCUGGAGCGACUACAGCAUGACUUGGAAGUAGCAAACCACAGAGGUGAUCGUGAAGCCAGGAAAGGACUGGAACACGUUGAAGGAUCCAAACGCCAUUUAGAGGCCGCUACACGGCGUAUAGCUGAGCUUGAAGAAGAACGUAAAGAAUGGCUACGAGAACGAACUGGUUUGGUUCGUUCUCGUCGAGACAGUGUCGCUCCAAUAAAAGACUUCGAUGCUGAACGACGAGAGCUCUUGCAAAGAGUCGACGAACUUGAAGAGUCUAUAUGUCAGCUUAGUACGAACCUAGAACAAUCCCAAACUAGUCUUGCCCAAACCGAAAGGAAUUGCCAUCUAUUUGAAACCAAAUCUGCUGAAUUGGAAGCUCUUCUUCAAGAGUAUCGAGAAUACCGUGAAGACGCUGAACGCGCCACCGAACAAGUAGCAUGCCUGUCGCAACAAUUAGAACAGGCACACGAUAUCAUAGACGAGCUAAAAUCUGUAAAAUCUGAUGGAACUCAACCACUCGAUCAGACAGGUGAAGAUGAAGGCUCUCGUACGCUCUUUGGAGAAGUAGAUAGCAAACGACGAGAACUAGAGGAGAAACAUGUCAUGCUGGCACGUCGACAUCAAGGACUUAUGAAGGCUCAUGAAGGUGCAAUAUCUCAGCAGGAACGAAUGCGGAUGCAUUUAGCUAGGCUGGCCCAGAUUGCUAGUGCUAAUGGUACGGUUAGCUCUGCUGGAGAGGACAAGUAUACGGUCAUGCAACGUGCACUCGCACAAAGUGAAGCAGAAUGUCGAGAUUUGAGAGAUCGAGUUGCGGCUCUCGAACGAGCCAAAGACUCUCCCUUGUCACUACAAUCAGAUGAUAGUGCUCAAGACGAAGUAGUCCAGCUGUUGAGGUUACAUGUAACUCAAUUAAAGCAUCAAUGUCGACAAGCCCGAAAAGCUUCUCAGACUUCCGAUUUGUUACGUGUAUCUGAAAUGGAACGAGCUCGUAGUCUUGAAUCAUCACUAGUGGCUAAAAACGCUGAAUUACAACGAGCAACUGCUGGUGCAGUUAGAUUGGGCUUCGAACUGGAUGCCGCCAAAGCUAAAAUCAAGUUACUGCUCUCCACCAGAGAAGAAGUUGUACAUGUAUUAGUAGUAGGUGGUAAAGACAAAUGGCACAGAGCGACUCAGACUGAAGUUAUACCGAGUCAUGUAGAAGGUGAAAAGGAGGGUACAGUGAGGGAAGAGGACAGCACAGUGCAGAACGAGGUGUCACUGGAUCACGAUGAUAAUCAUCCGCUGGACGAAAGUAUAGAUAUAUCCCUAUGGCCAGAGACCUCAAAUACUCCAGAAGAAGUAGCCAUCCCAUCAUCGACCGCAACUUCCUCGACAUAUGUAAAUAGUCCCGCAGUAUCGCCAAGUCGAAUAAUACCGAUACGGCCCGACACGCCAACAACUCCCAGAAGCAGUGUCUUCAGUCCCAUGAAAGACAUGCCUAAACACGUCCAAGUACAUGUAGAAUCAGGAAGGACUCAAGUUGGUGAAUGCGCUCAACAGUGA